CUCAAAGUUCAAAAGCAAGAUUCUAACAUGUCGAACUAAUUCAAAAAGCCGCUAAUCAAUGAUCAUCAUCAUCUCUGUUCAAUUCCCACCCUUUAAAUCGCAAGGGCCCCAUUUCUCGAAAUCCCAGAAAAAAACUGGGACCCAUUUGCUGACAAGGAAGAAGACUCCUUUGCUGUGUUUCCAUGGCCACUUUCCAUGUCAAUGUUCUCUGCAUCUCAUCACUCAACUUUCCCCCCUCUUUAUCCUCCGUUUUCUCUCUCCUCUUCCUCUUGAAUCUGCCAUAGUAGAGAAAGUAAAAGUAAAAGAGGAGAGAGAAUGCCCAGUUGUGCUAAAUUAUGGGGUAUUAAUUUGGCAAUUCAGUUGAUAUGGUUGCUUAGAUCCUGCCAUGGUGAAGACCCAUAUGUGUUUUAUGAUUGGAGAGUUUCGUAUGCUACUGCCUCCCCUCUUGGAACUAAACAGCAGGUUAUUGCUGUCAAUGGGCAAUUUCCAGGUCCAGUUCUUAAUGUUACAACUAACUGGAAUGUUGUCAUUAAUGUUAGGAAUGAUCUUGAUGAGCCACUGCUUCUAACUUGGGCUGGUGUACAACAGAGGAAGAAUUCUUGGCAGGAUGGUGUAUCAGGGACAAACUGUGCUAUCCCUGCUGGUUGGAACUGGACAUAUGAUUUUCAAGUUAAAGAUCAGAUUGGGAGUUUCUAUUACUUCCCAUCCCUCAAUUUUCAGAGAGCUGCUGGUGGGUAUGGAGGAAUAACGAUAAAUAACAGGAAAAUUAUCCCGAUACCUUUUGGUAACCCUGAUGGAGACAUCACUCUUUUGAUCAGUGAUUGGUAUAUAAAGAGUCAUAAGGAACUUCGAAAGAAGCUUGAAGAAGGACAUGAUCUUGGUGCUCCUGAUGGUGUGCUUUUCAACGGAUUAGGUCCUUAUCGCUAUGAUGCAAAUGUUGUUCCUGAAAAUGUUAAUUGUCUAUUAGUAAAUGUCGAACCAGGAAAGACUUACCGUGUACGAGUGUCAAAUGUUGGUAUCUCUACCAGCUUAAAUUUCAGAAUCCAGAAUCACAAUCUAAUUCUUGUUGAGACUGAAGGGUCAUAUACUGUUCAGCAGAAAUAUACAGACUUGGAUAUUCAUGUUGGUCAAUCUUACUCAUUCUUAGUCACCAUGGAUCAAGAUGCGAGCACUGACUACUACAUUGUUGCCAGUCCUCGGUUUUUGAACUCUUCUUCCGGGGGUAGUGCUGCUGGUGUUGCUGUCUUGCAUUACUCCAAUUCUCAGGGACCUGUUUCAGGUCCACUUCCAGUUCCUCCAAACGAUCUAGACCCAUCUUACUCUAUGAAUCAAGCAAAAUCCAUAAGGUGGAAUUUGACUGCAAGUGCUGCCCGUCCGAACCCUCAGGGGUCUUUCAGAUAUGGCCAAAUCGCAGUCACGGAUGUUUAUGUGCUUGUUAGUAGACCUGCAGAGCUAAUUGAUGGAAAGUGGCAUGCAACUCUCAAUGGGUUAUCCUACUUUACACCUUCAACACCUUUAAAACUUGCACAUCUGUAUAGUGUACCGGGAGUGUACAAGGUUGAUUUCCCGAGCCGACCAAUGAACCGACCUUCAAGGGUUGACACUUCGAUAAUAAAUGCAACUUACAGAGGUUUCGUGGAGAUUAUACUUCAAAAUGUUGGUACAACUGUUCAAACUUAUCAUUUAGAUGGAUAUGCCUUCUUUGUUGUUGGCAUGGAUUACGGGAUGUGGACAGAGAAUAGCAGGUCCACCUACAACAAAGAUGAUGCAGUGGCUCGUUGCACUACUCAGGUCUAUCCCGGAGCAUGGACUGCCAUUAUGGUUUCACUUGACAAUUCCGGCAUUUGGAAUCUCCGGGCUGAAAACUUGAACUCUUGGUAUCUAGGACAGGAAGUUUAUCUAAGUGUUCUGAAUUCUGAAAAGGACAGUUCAGAGGUUCGUUUGCCAGAUAACACAAUCUAUUGCGGCUUACUAGCAUCAUUACAGAGGGAUCAAUCUCAGAGGAUAGACUUUUCAGGGAUGCAGCAACUUCCUUGCAUAAGCAGUAAAACGCUGGUUGCUUUAGCUGUUACAUUUUUGUCUCUAAUUCUGAAUUCUGAUAGCAUAUUUUUUUAGCCAAACAUGGGCAUUCACUUUUCACCAUCAAAUGAAGAAGUGUGCCAAAGGCGCCUUCACCAGAGCUCAAUUCAAGUGAGGAUCUGAGAUUGAGAACAAGUAUAAUUCAUGUACUAACAGUAAGGUUACCGUUUUUGUCUCCGCCCCAGUAAUCUAGUAUCCAUUUUUAUCCUUCUAA